AUGUCUGGCGAGACGGAAGAGGUGACCCGCCUCCGGAAGCCCCGCUUUUCCUAUGAGGAGAAUCAGAUCCUGAUCCGAGAGGUGCGCGCUCACUACUCCAUGCUGUACGGAGCUCAGGCCCGCCGGCUGAGUGUGGCAGAGAGACGCCGAGUGUGGGAGGGAAUCGCUGCCAAAAUUAAUGCCAUAACCAACUGGAAACGCACAGCUCAGGAAGUUCAGAAACGGUGGAAUGAUUUUAAGAGGCGGACCAAGGAGAAGCUUGCACGGGUUCCCCACUCCACCCAGAACGGCACAGCGGAGGAGGUGCUCACAGCAGAGGAAGAGACGAUAUUUGCUAUCCUGGGGUCCGGGCGUGGUGCCUGGCCGCGAGGCUUAUAUUCCAGGGACACGGCCUGUGGACUUACAUCUAUCAGGUCCGGGUUCUUCUAGUGCAGAAAAUUCUCUGAGUGGCCCCUGCUGUCCGCCGGACCCUCCACUUCUUCUCCAACCUAAGCAGUCUCCAUCCCCAACACCUCAGCUUCACAUUGUGCAGUUACCCCAGCUAAGCCCUUCACCAGGUCCAUCUGAGGGGGCUUCUCCACCGCCGAUGCCUCCGGGGUCCUCUUCUCCUCUGCUUUCUCCAGGGCCUGUCAGUCAGCACUAUGACCCCACAGUAGCCAUGCUACGAGCCCAGCAGGAAACGGCGGAGGCAAUUCGACAUCUGACCUACACUUUGCGUCAGAGCAUGGACCGUUUGACCAAUGUCCUAGCAGCCAUUUUACCUCUUAUACCUCCUCAGCCUCCUUCACCUGCUCCAUCCGGCUUGAUUGAUCCCGUUUAUUAUCCUACAAAGACAGAACCAGAAUCUGAACCUUGUUCUGUGAAUUAUGAGUUGGAGGAAAAUCACAAUGGCCAGGAAGAGGAAAGUGGGCAGCAAAAUGUUGUAGAAGAACAGCCGAGCCCUCCAACCUCCCCUCCUCCCAACAAGAGGAAGAGAUUCUCUUACUUGACUCCUCGUAAACGCCGAGGCCGCUGGAAAAACGUGUAA